UAGUCCGGCCUGACGCUUGUGUAACUUGACUGGCCUUCACAAUAAAACGCGUCGUGUUGCCGUGCACGCAGCUUACCCGCUCUGUCUUUCACCCCGUGGAUACGACGCUCGCUUCACCACAGUCAUCAUGGUUCGCGCAGUGGAAACUUUGGAGGAGUUCAAAACCAUCCUGAAGGAGGCUGGAGACAAGCUGGUGGUGGUGGACUUCACGGCGACAUGGUGUGGACCCUGUAAAAACAUCGGCCCCGUGUUUGUGGAACACUCAAAAAAGCCCGAGAACCAGAACGUGAUUUUCCUGAAGGUGGACGUGGACGACGCUGAGGAAGUGAGCACGCACUGCAACAUAAACUGUAUGCCCACGUUCCAGUUUUACAAGAACGGAGAGAAGGUGGACGAGUUCUCCGGCGCAAACCAAACCACACUGGAAGAAAAGCUGGCACGUCAUAGAUAAUUUAGAAAAACAAACGCUGUAAAUGCUGUACUAAGAAAUUCCAGUUUCAUUUCUGUAUAAUAACCAUGACGUCUUCUAUUCUGCACACGGACAAAAAUAAUCCAUUCCACUCGUGUAUCUGUGACCUGCUGUCGUCCUGUCAGCUGAGUUUGUGCGUGUAGUGACCGUCUUUACAACAGACUGGCAUUUGAUUAAAUCCUGAUCACUACUUUUUAAAUUCAGUUUUUAUGAGGAAUUGGCUUUGCACCUGAACGUUCUUUGUCACAUUAUGUGGAUUUAAUAAAUGAGGAUGAGACACAG